GGGUCUACCUAGGUAACUGCUGUUAGCGAGGUAGUGUGCACCGCAGCUAUGUUAUGAGCCCCGCAAAACUCCUAUAAAAACCGUCACAGGGCUUUCUGCUCACAGGCUUCGCGCCGUCGCCAUCUUCCUACCUCGGGUUUAUUUACUGGGGUCCACGUACCUGGGGGAGUCGCAACUUGAGCUACCUCGUCUACACCUCCAACAGUGAUACUAGCCAUGGCUCUAAACCUGGAGAAGCAACUUCUUUUCUAUGGUGCAUACCAUAAUAACCCCGUGAAUGUGGCAAUCCAUAUCACAUGUGUGCCGAUUCUCUUGUUCACUGGGUUUUUGCUGGCGACCAACACCCCUGUGUUUUUCAGACUUCCCGACGCUCUACAGCAUGAGUACCUUCCUGCCAAUCUCGGAACGGUUGUCUCUUUCAUAUACGCGAUCUUUUAUAUCCUUCUAGAACCCGUGGCGGGCAGCCUUGCCGCGCCCUUGGUUGUUGGUAGCGCUGCGUACGGCAACUACUUGACCAGCACCUACGGAGCGACCGCAAACUACUGGGCCACCGGCGUCCAUGUGUUUUCCUGGUUGAUACAGUUUGUUGGCCAUGGCGUCUUUGAAGGCCGGGCACCGGCUCUUUUGGAUAACCUUUUCCAGGCGAUUUUUCUCGCGCCUCUUUUUGUCUGGAUCGAAGUCCUAUUCUUUUUCGGAUAUCGCCCGGAGCUGAGGGCAAGGCUUCACAAGAGUGUCGAGGAGGAAAUCGCGAGAUUCAAGAACAACAAGAAGCGUGCGAAGGAGUAGGAAAGAGUCAAAACAAGUUGUGCCCGAGGAAAUCCCGCGAGAGAAAGCUGCACUCGGUUUCGGCUGGAUCCUUUAGAUUGCCGUCGGCUCCGCUGGCCGUAUUCCACUACCUCCCUUUCAUGAUUUCCAAAACAUGAAAUCAAAUUCCUAAUAGCUUUUGGUUUGUUUUGGAGUCAUACUUCCCUGCUAAUGAUACAUUGAUGAUGUAAAUAGUUGCUUUUUGAGAAAGGGCUAUGUUUUUCAAAUAAUAAUGCCUCUCAAUUCUUUGCAGCAAGGUGUCUACCAGCU